AUGGCUAUACGAGCAACGGCUUUACAUGAGCCUGAAAUUAUCCCACCGGCUUAUCCAUCUACGGAUGAAUUCGCUUGCAACACACGUGAUAACUGCGACGCACGUGUUAACAGCGAUGCAAGUGUUGCCGUGAAGAAAGAAAGCGAUGAAGUUUUUGAAAAAAGUCUUGAAGUUGACAGUGAUAAACAUACUGAAACUUUUGAUAUGCAAUGGGACUACUACUCGGAUCUUUCUGCUAACAACUCUCCUGUUUUCAUGGAUAACAACGACAGCAUUAACAUAAGUAGCAACAACGAUUUCGAUGCAACACUCACCAACAAUUCAAUUUAUGAUCAUUUGGAUAAGACGUCAACUUGGGGGAGCAUUAACCUAGAGAUUAACGACAAAGGCAGGUACAAGACCACUAACAAGAUAAAUGGCGUGAUCUAUAGGACCAAUGAUUCUGGAAGAAAAUGGACAAGGAUGGAAGUUGUCCAUUAG